AUUAUUCAGCGUCCACGCUCGCUCCGUGCGCGUACACCCACUGAUGCACAUCAUCUCAUCGUGUGAGAAGAACAGUACAGAUUGUAUGCACUAUAUUAGGCAUUAUAUGCACGUUUAAAACGAGCGAUUAGUUGGUAAUUUAGAUGCGAUGUAAACCAACGGACUGACGCGCGCGUGUUAUUCAUCAUAGGGUUUUAGUAUAAGGUGCACGCGUGAUAGACAGGUGUUUCACUGUUUCCUUCACCUGAUCUGGUACCAUGAUGCUGGGUCAGUCUCCGCAUCUUAUCGGGGGCAUCCUGUGGAUUCAAAACCCAAUGCGAGCUGUCCACUGCAAUCUGACUCAGAAUGGGAUCGACCAUCAAGUGUGCACAGAGGAUGUGACCUCGCACCUGGUGGAAACUUCUGUUGAUCAUGGACUGGACGAUGACAGCCAAGACUUUCAGGACCAGAGUCCCGGCUUCCAGCGAAGAUCUCCUCCUCAGCGCUCGGUGUCUGAGUCUGAGCUUACAAGGCCGGGAACUGUGAAGCUGUCCAAACCGGUGGCGCUGUGGACUCAGCAGGACGUGUGUAAGUGGCUGAAGAAACAUUGUCCCAAUCAACACCAAGUCUACAGUGACUCCUUCAAACAGCAUGACAUCACAGGUCGAGCUCUGAUGAGGCUCACUGACAGAAAGUUGGAGAGGAUGGGCAUCAUGCAGGAGAGUCAGAGGCAGUUCAUCCUACAGCAGGUGCUUCAGCUUCGCGUCAGAGAAGAAGUACGCACCCUGAAGCUGCUUACACAAGCACCUUGCAGUGCUGCACAACGUGGGCUGUGGAGGUCAGAGAGGGGCCUGUUGCUGCACCAUACACCUAAAGAAAAGACAAAGCCUCCUUGGAGAGUUCACCAUAACCUGAGUAUUCUUGGAGACUCACCCGUCCUCUCCAAACAGCCACAGCACACACCAGCCCCACUUCUCUACAAUCUCCCGAACUAAACAUCUCCAGGUCUGGACCACCCCUGAACGAACAGUCCUAUAAUCUGACUCACCCCCUACGGUGUAUCAAAGAAAUCAUUGGAGUAUGACCUGGACUACUUCUGUUCUGGACAAUGUGAAAGACUUGCUGCUGAAUCAGCUUGUUUGUUUUAUGUAAUCUCCUGAAGUGUAGCACUUUAAACUCUUUCUUCCUGCCAGUGUUCAACACACGGCCUGUUUGCAAAUCUGUGCAGACAAGCAUGAUGCUCUACAACACACACCCUGAACUUCCAGUAACACUACAGAAGGGGUAGUGAACAUAUCUAUCUAUCUAUCUAUCUAUCUAUCUAUCUAUCUAUCUAUCUAUCUAUCUAUCUAUCUAUCUAUCUAUCUAUCGCUCUUCAUUUCUACACACACUAAUGGAAGAGCACCAUUCACCUUUUGCACGUCUGAAUAUUACUUGUCUCUUCCUCUCUCUCUCUAUCUCUCUCUCUUGUGUCUGCCACCUAGUAUAAUGUAAAGUGUCUGGUUGGCUUGUUUGGUGAGUUGUCUCUUUGUCUUUAUAUGUCCCCAAGCUUAAAUUCCCUCGUCAUUUUUCAAAAGCAGAGCUCAUUAUUACAUAUCCCUUAACCUGAACUGCACUGUGACUGUAAAAAUCCCACUCUUCCAUAGGAAGGUACAGUCAACCAGAUUACUGGACCAAAUGUGUUCACCCUCAUCUCUUGAUACAGAGUCAGUGUUGGAGUUUGAUUCAUAGUGGAAUUAAAUUGGAUAGGAUGAAGCAACCGGGCUCAGAGCUGUAUAACUGUGAAGCAUCAAAAAUAGGAAAUUUUUACGUUUCAGGGAAGAAAAAGGAGAAAAGACUGGGAAAGCAGAUGAUACGCCUCUCUGAAGAUCACUGUGUCUGUUCCUUUUCAUCUUUCUGUUGAGGAAAACAAAGAUAGAUGUAUUGUGCGAAAUGAAAUGGGAUUGCUAAAGACACAGUUUAGCUAACAAGUAAAAUUUAACCAUUUAUAUCCAUCCUUAUGUUGAUUUAAAUGACUCUUAUUUGGCACACAAAUUAAUUAAUGUGCAAGCUGCUCUUUUUCUGUACAAUAAAAGUAAAUGGUGACUAAGGCUUUCAUGAGUUGCCAUUCACUUUAAUUUUAUAGAAAUACAGCAAGGACAUUUUUGAAACAACAUGAACUUGACUAACUACUUACCUAAUGAGUUUUCGUAUUGUCCCUUCAAUGGAGAUUGUAAAAGAGAGGGAAUGUUAAAUGUGUGUACCUGUCACCAUUCACUGUACAGAGAUCCUUACAAAGCCAUCACUGUUAAUAUGGCAUGCAUGGCCAUUCACUGUAACCUUUCUAAUUCUGAAGCACAUGGAAAACUGAAUGAAACGAACUGUGUUUUUACCUUUUGAUCAUUGCCACCUUUGUAUCAAACCAGGCCUUUGGCAUCGAUUUGGGUUCUCGCCACAAUUGUAGCAUGACACCGCAAUAUCACACAUCUACCACAAAGGCGCCAACCUGGCCACCAACAGAGGUCCAUGACGGUGCAGACCGACCAUUGAUUAACUGGGUCGGCUCCAGUUGUUUUGAGGGCUACAGUAAUAGGUUGCAUGCGACUGUUUGAUGGAAGGUUUGCCUUACAAGAUUGGAAUCAGAUCCAAAAAUUGAGUGUGAUCGAUUAGACCUUGUCGAUUAGAUCUUAUAUUGGCUCGCGUCUGGCUUGCAGGAAGAAGUCAAUAGAGAGAAUCCGGGGAAAAGCAUGUUCCAAUUAAAAACUACUAGCUACCAUUUCAUGCCUUGGUGGGGGUUUUUAAUCACCUGGUGGGCUUAAUGCAGCUUCUGUUGCUGAAGGAACACUUAAAGGGCUGAGGGGUGAAACGAAAAACAGUCGUUGAUUUAUUAGCUGCUAAACUAGUAUAGAUCUUACUAUAUUGAGAGUUUGGUUCUUUAGAUAGUGGCUUAAAAAUUAAAUCGCAGUGUUGCCGUAACCAUGAUUCAGGGUUUGAGGUUAUAUUGAUCAUUCAGAUGAGUUAUAGAUGGGCCUGCUGAAACAAAAUAAGAUACUCGAAAUCAACAUAAUUUGAGUUUGUGGUCUUUUAUGCAUUCGAUUAUUAGACAUUAAUGCUAGGGCUCUAAAAAGAUUCAAGAUUAAGGGGAUUGGCUUAAGCCAGGACUAGGCCUUAGUUUAAUUAUGAAAUAUAACUGGGUGAUUCUCACGAAACCAUUGAAACACCACGGCACUAAUGAUUUUAGCUAUAAAAUGUGUAAUAUAGUAAUAUUAAAAAGCAUCAGAAGUAACACAAUACUGUGUUCUACCUUGCACAAUGUGUGAUUUCAACAAAAGAAUUUAUAAUUUGUCAAUUUUAUCUCAUUUUCUGCUGAAAUUCUCAUUACCGCAAUGUGUCCGGCUGCAAUGUGUUUGAACAUGCGUUAUGUUGUAAUUUAAUUAAAUUAACACAAAAAUAUUUAGAAAAAAAAUAAAUGGAUGUUUUGCUAGACUACUUUAGAUGACAGAAAAAAUAUUUACUGAAUAUUCAUGUAUAAUAAUAAUGAAGAAAAAUUAGGAAAAUGAUGUGUCCAUGCCUGAUGUUCUCAUCCUCCGCAACACUUUUUGAGAACAGUUUAAGCACACAUACAGAACUUUAAUAAAGUUUGAUUUUGAGUGACCAAGCACAUGGACCAGUUACUUCAAGAUGGCUACCAGGUAAGAUCAUUUUUUUACAGUUAAUUUGAAAUAUUGUCUUGUCAGAAUGCUUACACGACAUUUUGAUUAUCUUUACCGCAACAGAUGCUUAUUAAAUGUUAAUUUAAUUAAUAGAAGCAUAAUACUUUGAUUUUAAAUGCAUGUGCAGAAUCUCCAAAUUAUGUUCUUUCAGGUUUGUCAUGUCAUUUUGAAAAUAUGUCAGUGUUGAUGUUUUCUGACUGUUGCGCUAAGGAGAUUUUUUAGGACUAAUUUUUUUAAUUAUGUUACAAAAAGUGUUAAAUGAUAAGUAAAAGUGUUUAAAUUAAUGUUCCCAUUUACUCCAGACUUUGUUUUUCAAUGUCUGGUGGGAAAAAAGUAAAUUUAAGCAAUUUUUACAUUUUCAUGCUUGACUUUUUAAAACCAAGUUUUCGUGAGAAUCACCCAACUAGUUUUAACAAAACAAAACGAAGGGCAGUGAUGUAUUUUUAGAUAUGUCAGUGCAAGUUGUUUUCAGUUUGGACAGCUCUUACAUUUAAUUUAGUCUAGGACUAUACUAAUCCCUGUCCGGGAUUUAAGUUUAAGUCAAUACCAAAUGUACAGCAUAAUAUUGAGUAGCAACAUGUUGCCGAUUCACACUCUUAAUUCUGAAUUUUUGGAUUGUUUUCUAAGAAAAAUACAUAGAUGAUAUGGAAUUAUUUAUUUUUAACAAUAAAAUGUUAUAGCUUAUUUUACAGUAUACUAAACUUGUGCAAUAUAAAUGUUGGUAUGUAUAAAAAAUAUAUGAUGUUUUUUCAUGGAAAAUCCUACGAGUCUUCAAAUUAAACUUCAAAUGUCCUAAAACAACAACAAAUGAAAGAAACCUUUGUAUUAGUCCACUUAAAAUCCCUGUUGACUUGUUUUUGAUCUUUCGAAAGCCCUUGAAAUAAAAACAGACAAAUGCAUAAAUGCAUUAGCCUUAUGCACAAAUGCAUAAUGAUAAUUAAUGUGAAACCUCUGCUUAAGGUUUUUUUUCACUCCUUAUUCUUCGGUCUGUGAGAUUCGCCUUGAAACUCAAGUAGGCUUCAAAACUUUUUGAGAAAAGGGAGUAUGAAUACUUAAGCACCCUUCUGGUGAUGUACUUUGAUUGGACUAUGUAAAACCUUGUGUUCAAUCAGUAUUCUUAACCUAGAAAGUUGUACAUUUGACUGUGAAGCUGAUACUGAGUGUAUGAAUUAUUAACAGCUUUUCUGUUUUAUUUUGUUUUUCAGUCAGCUUUAUAUGAGAAUACUAAAUUUUGGACAUCACCAAGUGAAAGUUUAGCGUCGCUAAAGAACUGUACAAAGUACUUAAAAAUUCACUUCAAAUCCAUGUACAAUAUACAUUAUUCAUGUAUGGAUUCACACAAACGAAGGGUUUGAUUUUACUGCUUAACACGCAUAUGUUAUCCGUGCAUACAGACCAAAACGAACUUGUAUAAAUGCAUAAAACUGUAUGCAUUCAUCGAAAUAAUGUUUAUUAAUAUUACUUCACACCCAAAAUACACAAUUAAAAUGUAGAUUUUUGACAA